AUGGAGUUGCUCUGUUUCAUUCUAUUCCUCUGCAUUCUCUCGUCGGCCCACGGGCAGUUUCCGGACGAGAGAACGACUCUCUUGGAGCUCAAGAAAUCACUCUCCGGUCCUCGUGGGAUGCUCGACAGCUGGACCGAUGGGAACCAUUGCACGUGGCGCGGUGUGUCGUGCGAUACGAAUCUCAGAGUUUCGCGGCUCGAAAUGGGAGGUAACAUUUCUCUGUCUCCUUCUUGCUCGUCCAAAUCCGAGCUUUCGUUGCACGGCUUUGGGAUAUCGAGGAAUUGCUCGGGAGUGAAUGGAAAAUUGUCCGGAAGCCUCUCGGCGGUCGUGGCGAAUCUUACCCAACUUAAAGUCUUAUCUCUUCCGUUUAACGAACUUGAAGGCGAGAUUCCAUUCGAGGUUUGGGGAUUGGAGAAUCUCGAAGUUCUUGAUCUGGAAGGGAAUAAGUUCACCGGAGAUUUUUCGAGUUACGAGUUUGCCGGUUUGAAGAAACUAAAGGUUCUUAAUUUGGCAUUUAAUGAUAUUUAUGGGAAGUUUCCCCGUUCACUUUCGAGCUGUACGGGUUUGCAGAUUUUGAAUUUAGCAAGAAACAGGAUAAACGACGUCAUCCCUGAGUUCGUUAGCCGUUUUAGGAAGUUACGAGUUGUGAACUUGUCGUUUAACCGGUUGAUCGGUCGUGUGCCGAGCAGUUUUUGUGGGGAUCUCGAGCAUUUGGAUUUAUCGGCUAACUUCCUAAAAGGUGAAAUCCCGCAUGCUUUGGGAGAUUGCAGCAAUCUAAGGACGCUUUUGUUGUAUUCUAACGAGUUAAGCGGUGUUAUACCGGAUGAACUUGGAAAGCUACGGAAUCUUGAAGUUCUAGACGUUUCUAGAAAUUCCCUUGGUGGUCCCCUCCCCGCGAAUCUUGGAAACUGUACAAGUUUGUCGGUUCUCAUCCUCUCGACUCGCUUUAAUAGUACACAUGGUAAAAUGUCCCGCAGGUCGUUUAGCGACAGUAAUUCAUUUGAAGGCUCUUUUCCCGACGAGAUCACAAAACUCGCGAAUUUAAAACUGGUUUGGGCACCCGGUGGUAACUUUAAUGGCAAAUUUCCGAGUGAAUUCGGCGACUGCAAGAUGCUAAAGAUGGUAAACUUUGCUCGUAACGAUUUUACCGGCGAGAUCUUCAGUACGUUUAAUAAAUGCGUUCAUCUUCUGUAUCUGAACAUAAGCUCGAAUAAGCUGACCGGAAAAUUGGACGAAGAUCUACCAAUUUCUUGCAUGAGAACACUUGAUGUCAGUCGAAACAUGCUAUCAGGACCGAUCCCGAAUUUCACAACCGUCGAGUGCCGCCAUAAAUUAUCAUCUGCUGCAAGAAAUCCCUUCCCACCUUUUGAUCCAUCCUUUUCUUACUUAUCCUUCUUCCAACAUAAAAUCCUGUCCGAAUACUCACCGCCCUUUAACAACAACACGGCACAUUCUUUAACCGUUCACGACUUUAGUCAGAAUAACUUCAGUGGGCCCCUCCCCGUGCUCCCAUUCGCGUAUGCAGAUAAAACCGGGUAUGUAUUUCUUUCCGGCAGCAAUAACCUCACCGGAUCGCUAGAUGAAACUCUUUUCCCGAAACGUGACGAUGAAUUAGCUCUGCUGGCUAUUAAUGCCAGUAAGAACCGUAUAUCUGGGCUCAUACCAGAAUCCCUCUGCGCCGUCAAGUCCCUGGUCAUGCUCGACUUGAGCUCCAACAACUUGACCGGCCGAGUUCCGGAGAAUCUCUAUAGCCUUCCCAAAAUAGAAAUCCUCCUUCUCAACGGCAACCAGCUAUCUCCCGAGCCCGCAAAAUCACACUCCGUGUCUCUAAAACGCCACAUGCACGUGGGGUGCUACGCGGGCCCCACCGAGAUGCUGCUUGUGUACAACUACCUAUCAGGGGGGAAUUUGGAGGGGCUGAUACGGGAGAGGGUCCGGCGGGGGUUCGGGUGGGACGCGCUCCACCGGAUAGCGGUGCAGGUGGGGUCGGCCGUGUGGCACGUGCACCGCGGGGGAUUGGUGCACCGGGACAUAAAGCCCAGUAACGUGGUGCUGGACGGGGAAGGGAACGCUUACCUGUCGGAUUUCGGGCUGUCGACUCGGGCGGCGGUGGAGAAGCGGGGCCGGGUGGCGGGGACGUAUGGUUACAUAGCGCCGGAGUACGCGGAGACGGGACGGGUGUCGAGGGAGGCUGACGUGUACAGUUAUGGGGUGGUGUUGCUGGAGCUGAUGUCGGAGAAGAGGGUGCUGGACCCGUCGUUCGGUGGACGUACGAUGGGGUUUGAUAUUGUGUCGUGGGUGGUGACGAUGGUGGGGGAAGGACGGGUGGGGGCGGUGUUCAUGAGGAGGCUGUGGGAUGCGGGGCCGAGGGAGAAGCUGGUGAAGAUGCUGAAUGUGGCCGUGCUGUGUACGUCGGCGUCGGCAGCUGACAGGCCGUCCAUGAGGCAGGUCGUGGAGUGGCUCAACCAGAUUGAGGCGCAGGAUAGUGGCUAG